AUGGCUGAGGACCUAAUACGUCUGGAUACUGUACUAACAACUUACGUUACGAAUAAAAUCACGGGGUUUCUGCUUCCUUUUGAUUAUGAAGUGUUUGCAGAGUUGGGGAAGUCAAGAAUACUCUUUUUACCAGCCAGUAUCCUUGAGAUGACAGCUUGUCUCCCACCCAAUCUUUUGGCAUUGUUCGAAGCAAGACCGCCGAUCCCCUACCUUCCGCCACCAACGGAUCUACUCAUUGAAAAGAAGGAAAAAGGAAGAUGCACUGAAAUCACAGGAAUUGCCGAGUAUGUGGACCUUUUUGAGGAUCCGAAGGACACCCCUCCUAAACCAAUCAUUGAAACACGAACCGAGAAGAAAGAAAGGCGCAGAAGAGAGAAGGAGGAGUUGCUAGCCUACAAGUUAAAACAAGGAAUCGCCCAAUGGAAUCCAGCUGAAAAUCCGAAUGCCACUGAAGAUCCGUACAAAACUCUAUUUGUUGCUAGAAUUAAUUACGAAACAUCGGAGAAUAGAUUAAAACGAGAAUUUGAGACAUAUGGGAAGAUCAAGAAGUUAGCCAUGAUCCAUGACUUGAAUGGCAAACCACGAGGAUAUGCAUUUAUUGAAUACAGCGACAAAUCGGAAAUGUCUAACGCAUAUAAGCGCGCUGAUGGGACUAAGGUCGAUGGACGUAGGCUUAUUGUCGAUUACGAACGAGGUCGUACGCAGAAGUCUUGGCUGCCGAGAAGACUAGGCGGUGGAAAAGGGGAUACACGUCGUGCUCGAGAGUCUCGUGCUGCGAUGGAAGAGCGCGAAGCUGCUGGCUUACCUCCGCUGGAUGGUAACCGUGAUCGUGAUCGUGACAGAGCAGAUUCCCCUCGUACGCCUCGCGAUAGCUACCGUGAGCACGAUAGGAACGGUACCUCUCGGCACCGCAGCCGUUCACGCGAUCGCGGAUACGCUAGGGAUCGUGGUCAUGACCGUGAUCGUGGCUAUGGAAGAGAUAGAAGAGAGAACGGAUACGGACGAGAUGAUAGACGAAGCGGAUUCCGAGGACCUCCUGCUCCAUAUGGGCGGGACAGAAGAUAA